AAUGACAACCCGAGUGUCAACACAAACACUGCACUUGUUUUGACAUUUGAUUGCAUUUGACGUGUGAAUAGCCGUCGGAAGCGCUCGAGUGAUGUCUUCGGGAAGCGAUGCCAACGGAUGCGAUGAGAAUGAACUGAAAGCCAAAGCGAAGGUCAUGUUUGACAAGACGUCCGACUAUUUGUCCGCAGAACUCAAUCUGACUCUCGAGGACUACCAGCUCUUGGAGGACAUGAAUAACGCGACGACAGAGAGGUAUAAAGAGAUGACUGACGUGACCGUCAACUUAGCCCAGAAUGCGGACCAAAUGAAUGAUAAAUACAAGACUUUGUUACCAAACCUGCAAUUGAUUGAUAAGAUCGAGGAGAAGGUGCAGAAGUUGGAGGACAUGGCCUAUGCUUUGGACGCCUACUCCAAACGCAUCGUUUUCGGGUCAUUAGAGGAUACAUUUUAA